CCGGCGCCGCCGUCGGCUGCCCAGCUCUCCUGAACUCUCGCGGCCGCGCUUAGGUCCCGGACCCGGGCCACCCACGGGGCAGUGGGUGCUCCUUGGCCCCGGACAUUGCAAGCCCCAGAAGGUAAAUUUGCCUCGGAGCCGAGCACCUGGAACACGAGGGCAAGACUAACUUGGCGUUGCUCCUCCCGGGGCUGACCUCGAGGCCCGGCUAUGGACCGCGAGAGCGAGGUGGAUUUUUCUAGCAACAGCAUAACGCCUUUGUGGCGGAGGCGGUCGAUCCCUCAGCCCCAGCUGCUGGGCCGGAGCAAGCCGAGGCCCCAGUCCUAUCAGAGCCCCAACGGGUUGCUGAUCACGGAUUUCCCAGUGGAGGACCGAGGGACGCUCCCCGCGGCGCAGAUUCCCGCCCAGGUUCCCGCCGCUUCGGACAGCAGGACGGUGCACAGGAGCCCCCUGCUUCUGGGCGCCCAGCGGAGAGCGGUGGCCAAUGGUGGGAUGGCCUCCCCGGAGUACAGGGCUGCCUCUCCUCGACUUCGACGACCCAAGUCACCCCAGGUCCCUAAAGCGGUGCCGGGCGGCUCCCCGAAGUCCCCAGCAAACGGCGUCGUGACCUCCCCUGUGCCGCCGCCGGUGCUGCGCCCCCCGCGGACUCCUAACGCGCCCGUCCCCUGCACCCCCGAGGAGGACCCAGCGGGGUUGACUGCCAGCCCGGUGCCUUCGCCCACUGCAAAUGGCCUUACGGCUAAUAACGACUCUCCUGGCUCGGGUUCGCAGUGUGGCCAGAAGGCUAAGGAUCCCGAAAGGGGGCCCUCUUCUGCGCCCCAGAAAAGUUCUUCGGAACAUAAACUCCCCCUCCAAAGGCUGCCGUCCCAGGAGAACGAGCUCCCCGAGAAUCCUUCCGUGGUUUUGAGUACAAACAGCCCCGCCGCUCUCAAAGUGGGAAAGCAGCAGAUCAUUCCGAAGAGUCUGGCCUCAGAAAUUAAACUCAGUAAAUCCAACAGUCAGAAUGUGGAGCCCCACAAGAGGCUGCUUAAGGUGCGCAGCAUGGUGGAGGGCCUAGGAGGAUCCCUGGGUCACGCAGGGGAGGAGAGUGAGGUCGAUAACGACGUGGAUAGCCCAGGGUCUCUGCGGAGAGGCUUGCGGUCCACUUCUUAUCGCAGGGCAGUGGUCAGUGGCUUUGAUUUUGACAGUCCUACCAGCUCGAAGAAGAAGAACAGAAUGUCCCAGCCUGUUCUGAAAGCAGUAAUGGAAGACAAGGAGAAGUUUUCCAGUCUGGGAAGGAUAAAGAAAAAAAUGCUGAAAGGACAAGGAACAUUUGAUGGGGAAGAAAAUGCUGUCCUGUAUCAGAACUACAAGGAAAAGGCCCUUGACAUUGAUUCUGAUGAAGAGUCAGAGCCCAAACAACAGAAGUCAGAUGAAAAAAUUGUGAUUCACCAUAAGCCAUUGAGAUCCACAUGGAGCCAGCUCUCUGCGGUGAAAAGAAAUGGAUUAUCUCAGACAGUAAGCCAGGAGGAAAGAAAGAGACAAGAGGCUAUCUUUGAAGUCAUAUCCUCUGAACAUUCAUAUUUACUCAGCUUGGAGAUCUUGAUACGAAUGUUUAAAAAUUCUAAAGAACUGAGUGAUACAAUGACUAAAACUGAGAGGCACCAUCUUUUCUCCAAUAUUACAGAUGUCUGUGAGGCAAGCAAAAAGUUCUUUAUAGAGUUGGAAGCAAGACAUCAGAAUAAUAUCUUCAUCGAUGAUAUAAGUGACAUUGUGGAAAAACACACAGCAUCCACAUUUGACCCAUAUGUGAAAUACUGCACAAAUGAAGUCUACCAACAACGAACACUACAGAAAUUGUUAGCUACCAAUCCAUCCUUUAAGGAAGUAUUGUCAAGGAUUGAGUCCCAUGAAGCCUGUAGGAACUUACCCAUGAUCUCUUUUCUCAUUCUCCCCAUGCAGAGGGUGACCCGCCUUCCGCUGCUGAUGGAUACUAUCUGUCAAAAAACACCUAAGGACUCUCCGAAGUACGAAGUCUGCAAAAGGGCCUUGAAGGAAGUAAGCAAGUUGGUUCGACUGUGCAAUGAGGGCGCCCGGAAGAUGGAAAGGACUGAGAUGAUGUACACAAUUAACUCCCAGCUGGAAUUUAAAAUUAAGCCUUUUCCUUUAGUCUCCUCUUCCCGGUGGUUGGUAAAAAGAGGUGAAUUGACGGCCUAUGUAGAAGACACUGUGCUUUUCUCAAGAAGGACAUCCAAACAGCAAGUCUACUUCUUUCUCUUUAAUGAUGUGCUCAUUAUCACCAAGAAAAAGAGUGAAGAAAGUUACAACGUCAAUGAUUAUUCCUUAAGAGAUCAGCUAUUGGUAGAAUCUUGUGACAAUGAAGAGCUUAAUUCUUCUCCAGGAAAGAACAGCUCCACAAUGCUUUAUUCAAGACAGAGCUCUGCCAGUCACCUCUUUACUCUGACAGUUCUUAGUAACCAUGCGAAUGAGAAAGUGGAAAUGCUGCUAGGAGCUGAGACCCAGAGUGAGAGAGCCCGCUGGAUAACUGCCCUGGGACACAGCAGCGGAAAGCCGCCUGCAGACCGAACCUCACUGACCCAGGUGGAAAUCGUUAGGUCAUUUACUGCCAAGCAGCCAGAUGAACUCUCCCUGCAGGUGGCAGAUGUUGUCCUCAUCUAUCAACGUGUCAGUGAUGGCUGGUAUGAGGGGGAACGACUGCGAGAUGGAGAAAGAGGUUGGUUUCCUAUGGAAUGUGCCAAGGAGAUAACAUGUCAAGCUAUAAUUGACAAGAAUGUGGAGAGAAUGGGACGCUUGCUAGGACUGGAGACCAACGUGUAGUCUCUCAGAUGGUCUUUCGUUACUGCAAGAUUUGCACGACACAUAGUGGGCUGGUUGGUUCUGGGCUAGUUUUAUUGUUAAUUUUAUCACAGCCUAUUUAAUUAAAAGAAUGAAAACACUUGCCUUUAAGCUUGCCAGGUUGUUCUGCUCUCUCAUGAGAAGAAUUGUGGAUACAGUUAGUUUGCACAGCUCAGUUUUUACCUAACCACACCCCUGCAGACCUCCUUAGAGGCUGAGCAGAAUAGUUGAGCAGUCCACUUCAGGGAUCAGGUCAUCUCUGCUCGUCUUAGUUUCACCAUGUUCUGGCAUUAAAAAACACAUACCAUAUCCUGGUUUUCUCUAUCCUUGCUUUACUAAGGUUACUGUUUCUCUUUAAACACCCUUGUAUGGUUUUCCCAGCAUUAGCAAGAUUUUGUAUCUGUAAGGAAUGUCCGGUUUUGUAAAUAUUUUCCUCUUUUUUUAAAAAUCUGAUUCCAAUGCUUUGUUGACUUCAAAAGGAACUGGUAGAGUUCAGAAGGCGAGCUGUUAUGUUUUUCUAAACCUAUUCCCAGGAAAGGGACAUUGACACUUGAAUUUUUGUCACCUUUUUUCCUCAUUAGAAGGAAAGUAGAAAGCCUUACUUUAAGGAUUU